AUGUAUAGACUGGGUCGCCGUAACUUGGGCCUGGCCUUGAAGGCCGUCAGAGAUACCCCGGUGCGGAGCUCAAUCCGACAACAACAGUUGAGACAUCUAAGCAUCCACGAAUACCGAGCUGCCGACCUUCUCAGAUCCUAUGGCGUCGGAGUUCCCAAAGGAGAAGUUGCUCGAACAGCGGAAGAAGCUGAAGCGAUUGCAAAGAAGAUCGAGGGAGAUGAUAUGGUUAUCAAGGCCCAAGUCCUCGCAGGAGGUCGAGGCAAAGGCACCUUUGACAAUGGCCUCAAAGGUGGCGUGCGGGUGAUUUAUUCACCUACGGAAGCAAAGAUGUUCGCCAGUCAAAUGAUUGGGCACAAGCUCAUCACGAAGCAGACAGGUGCUCGCGGUCGCAUCUGCAACUCGGUCUACAUUUGUGAACGGAAAUUUGCCCGCCGGGAAUUCUACCUCGCUAUCCUCAUGGACAGGUCCACUCAAUCGCCCGUCAUUGUUGCGUCGUCCCAAGGUGGCAUGGACAUUGAAACUGUGGCCAAAGAGACUCCCGAUGCCAUCAUCACAACACCUAUCGAUAUCAACAAGGGCGUGACAGACGAAAUCGCACGAAAUAUUGCGACCGAGCUCGGGUUCAGUGAACAGUGCAUUGAAGAUGCAAAGAACACAAUCCAAAGACUGUACAAGGUGUUUAUGGAGAAGGAUGCCACCCAGAUUGAAAUCAACCCGCUCAGCGAGACCAGCGACCAUCAAGUGUUGGCCAUGGACGCCAAAUUGGGCUUUGAUGACAACGCCGAGUUCAGACAGAAGGAGGUCUUCAGCUGGAGAGAUACUUCGCAAGAGGACCCCGAUGAGGUGAAGGCUGCAGAGCACGGUUUGAACUUUAUCAAAUUGGAUGGCGACAUUGGGUGUCUUGUCAAUGGCGCUGGGUUGGCGAUGGCGACCAUGGACAUCAUCAAGAUCAACGGCGGUUCGCCUGCCAACUUCUUGGAUGUCGGCGGUGGUGCCACACCAGAAGCCAUCCGUUCGGCCUUUGAACUGAUUACAAAUGACCCGAAGGUGACAGCCAUUUUUGUCAACAUCUUUGGUGGUAUUGUCCGGUGUGAUGCUAUCGCGUCAGGCUUGAUUCAUGUUGUACAACAAAUGAACUUGAGGUUACCCAUUGUUUGUCGUUUGCAGGGUACCAACAUGAAGGAAGCGGCUGAAUUGGUCAACAACUCGGGCCUCAAGAUCUUCUCCAUCAUCGACCUGCAAGGAGCAGCAGAGAAGGUGGUAGACCUCUCCAAGAUUGUCAAGAUGGCACGGGACAUUGACGUGGGCGUGGAGUUUACCCUUGGUAUCUGA